CAAAUUUUGGUGGUCCAUAGACAGGUUCCAAAGUUACAAGACGUGUGUGGCAUCCUACAUACGGACCAUAUCAUUUACUGAUUGAGAAAACACAAAGGAAAAAGAGUCAAUUUUUUGUCUCCCGUCUUUCUCCGACUAUGGCCUGUUCACAGCUCAUCUCCAUGCUCGGAGAUAACAGGACGAUCUCCCCCUCUCUCCUCCUCCUCCUCUAGCCCUAAUUACCUCCAUCUCCUCCCUCUACAAUUAUUAUGAGCAUCCAUUUCUCCUCUCCUGAUUCCACAUUUCACCAAUAUGAAUGAAUCUCAUCGAUUCAUGCAUUUUAAAUGUAUAUAUGUGUAGGAGCAGGCAGACCUCUGUGUACUGCUUGGAUCUUUAGGUAGCGGGAGGUUUUCUCUGUCGUUUCGUUUUUCUCUGCGUCGGCGUUUGGAUUCGGGUCGGAUUUGUUUGGGAUUCGAAGUAUGAUUUCGGAUCCGAGAUUGGUCCACUAUGCCUGCGUUGCCAAAGACGCCACCGUGCUCGCCGAGUUCAACUCGAAUGACGCCGAUCUCGGAGCUUUGGCGGUCGGAUGUCUCGAGAAGACACCGCCUUUUCAUUCAAUUUACACGCACACCGUCCGUAGGCGCACCUACACCUUCCUGAUUGAGAGCCCUUUCGUCUACUUCGCGGUUUUCGACGAGAAGCUGGAUAAAUACGACGGCGUGGACUUCCUCAAGGCCGUCAAGGAGGGCUUCGAAGCCUUCGUCGGGGGGAGAUCGGCGAAGAAGUGCGACUCGCAUUGUUUCCAGGGAGAAUUCAAUCCGGUUUUCCAUAACCUGCUCGCUUCGAUGGCGGAAACUGAGGAGCCUCCUCCGCUUUCGCCGAGGAAAAUGAGCCACGAGAGCAGCGGCAGUAUGGAAUCUCUUUGCGGGUACAGAACUGGCACUACGCCAUUGUUCAACGAGACUACAAAUUACUUGAAGAAGAAGAAAAAGAAGAGGCUUCUGGAUGGGGAGAACGAUGAUGCCUCAGAAUUGAGCCGGGAGUUCUCGGUGCCAAUGCACAAAAACGCCGCGUUUUCAGGUGAAUUGGGGCACCAGAGGGCGAAGAGAGUUUGGAAGAGACAUGUGUGGGUGGUUCUGGCGCUGGACCUGAUCGUCUGCAUCAUUUUAUUCAUAAUCUGGCUUUGGGUUUGCAGGGGUUUGAAAUGCAUUGAUGGCUGAACAUAUUUUUGAUUGAUCUCAAUCGUUUUUUUCAUCUUGCAUUGGUUGAACAUGUUUUUUUCCAAUGCAGAGAGUUGUGUUUGUUGAAUCAUGAUGGAUUACCCCCAUACAACCUUUUUCUUAUAUGAUGCUGGAUCUUGUGAGCACAUAUAAUUGGAUUUAUUAUAUGUAAUAUCGUUAUCAUUGAGACUGCAGUUGCAGAUCUAUGUAAUUGUAAUUCCACAUUGUAUGAACUUAAUUUAAUGACACUUUUGAGUGCAUCUUUGGGAUCCUGCAGUAG